GGCGAUGACGCCAUUUAAAGGGGCCGACGACGCCUUGUUGUUUCCGGAGGCAGUGGCGGAAGAGAAGGUCUGUCAGGUUGGCUCCGGUUUUAGAGCGAGAAGGCGAGGCUUGAUCUCAGUGCAUGGCCUUGGAGCCAGUGGUGGCACUGACAAUGGGCCCAGAGAGGAUCUGUCCAAAUGAGCACGAAGAGCUGGGGCUGCAAGAGACACCUGAUGGAACCCCUGAUCCUGCUGGAGAGUGGAGUAGUGAAGAGCCUGAAGACGAAGAAGAUGAAAGCAAUAAUAGUUAUUUGUACCAGCCCCUGAACCAAGAUCCGGAUCAAGGACCAGCAGCAGUUGAAGAAACAGCGCCCAGCACAGAGCCAGCCCUUGACAUCAACGAGCGACUUCAGGCAAUGAGAUUGCACUUGCCAGACCCACCUGUGGAUAGUGAUGAAGAGGAAGGAUCUGCAGCUCAAAGCAGUCAUAGUUCUAUCCCGAUGGAUCCAGAACAUGUGGAGUUGGUGAAAAGGACGAUGGCUGGAAUCAAGCUUCCUACACUGGCAAUUCCUGCGUGGGCCAAUGAGAUCUCGGACGAUCAGUGGCAGGAUAUGGUUCAGCGAACACUGCAAGCCAGACAGAGUGGCUCCAAGCCAGAAUGGAAAUAAAGAAGGAAGUGCCAAUGGUGAAUCCCAUGCCUCCCUCAGAAGAAACUGCAAAGCGUGAUGUGUUGCACUUUAAAUUCUCUGUCUCUCAAGUGUCAGAUAGAUGUUCAUCUUCCACCAGCAUCAAAACUCUGUGUUCAUAUUGUCUAACAUUAAAUAUGGCCCCCACCAUCAGUUUAUAUAAUGCCCAGCUUCUGGGAGAUUGGAAUGGUGCUCAUCGAGAUAUUUUCAUUGUCUUGGAGAUAGAAAAUGAGGCUUCUUGAAGAUAUAAUGAGCCCUUGUAGGAUGACCCUUGGACAUGCAUGUUUUUAGCACUAUUACUCUCUUUUCUUCCCCAUCCCACCCUACCUUUCCAUGUGACACUUGGGCUGAAGAGCUAGAGAUGGCCAUGAUGUGGAGUCCAGCGUGUCAUCUUUUUCAAGAGAUCCAUUUUAUUUAGUUCUGUACAUACAGGGACAUCUGUACAAAAUCCAACACUGUCAUACUAUGUAAUACUCUACUGAAAAUAAAGUACACCAUAUGUACAUAA